CGCUGACGGUGAGUCUGACCAAAAGCACAGCUCAGUGAAACGGAGCGGAGGAAACCAGGACAAACUGGACUCUCUGUCUGCUGCGUUUUCAGCUCCUGUAGAUGGCUAAAUGGCUGACGGGUCAAAGGAGGCUCUGUGCAGUCUGCACUCCGAGAAGCUCAAACUCUUCUGUCUGGACCAUGAGCAGCCGGUGUGUCACAUCUGCAGGGACUCGGGGAGGCACACCAACCACAAGAUCAGGCCCGUCGAGGAGGCGGCGCAGAGGAAACGGAGGAAACUGCUGGACAAUCUGGAACCCAUAAAGAAGAGGCUGAGGCUCGGGAAGAAAGCUAAAGACGAGUUUGACCGGACGGCAGAGCAUAUUAAGUUCCAGGCCAGGCACACGGAGAGGCGGAUUAAGGAGCAGUUCAAGAAGCUUCGGCAGUUCCUGGCAGAGGAAGAAGAGGACAGGCUGGCAGCACUGAGGGAGGAAGAGGAGCAGAAGAGUGGACUGAUGAAGAGGAAGAUAGAGAGUCUGAGCAGGGAGAUUGCCGCGCUUUCGGACACGGUCAGAGACACAGAAGAGGAGCUGGAAGCAGAAGACAUCCUGUUCCUUUGCAACUACAGGGCAGCAGCGGAGAGAGUGAAGCGUUGCCCCCUGCUGGAGGCUCCACCGCUGCCCUCAGCGGCUCUGAUAGACCAGGCCAAACACCGGGGCAACCUGGCCUUUAGCAUCUGGAGCAACAUGAGGGACGUGGUCUCCUACACGCCUCUCGUCCUGGACCCAAACACUGCUGACGUAGACGUCAACCUGUCGAAGGACCUGACCGGCCUGCGCCUGGGAGAGAAGCAGGACCGUCCUGACAACCCGGAGAGGUUCGACGGCUGGUCGUCCGUCCUGAGUUCCAAGGCCUUCGACUCGGGGAGCCACAGCUGGGACGUCGACGUUGGAGACAGCUCCUUCUGGACCCUCGGUGUGUUAGCGGAGUCGGCUCGAAGGAAAGGAGAGGCCCGGUCCGGACUAUUUGUGAUGGGGCUCUUUGAAGGCGAACACAAAGCUCGGUCGCCGCCAGCUCCUCCCAGGACGCUCCCAGUCCAGAAGACGCUCCGCAGGAUAAGAGUGAAUCUGGACUGGGACAACGGCAGGCUGUCGUUCUCUGACCUGGACACUCGCGCACACAUACACACUUUUACACACACUUUCACAGAGAGGAUGUUUCCGUUCUUUAUCUCGAGCGAAAUGAGAAUCCUACCGAUGAAGAUUUCUGUUAUGAAGCAGCAACUCUGCUGACGGUCACAAAGUCCAGAGGAAGCCUCAGUGAUCAAACUGAGAAACAGAUGAUAAAUGUAUCAGAAAUGUUUAACAUGUACACACAGAGGAACUGUCUGUUGAAGAGCAAGACGCUCACAAAGGUCACUGAAAUAACUGGACACUGACAAAAGUAGUCAUUUACUGAAAAUCUAUUGAUCCAAAUUAGACACUGUGUUACAAAACAGCGAGGAAUGAAGUAACUUCUGUCCACCCGUCCAUUUUGCUCACUCCUGUUCACAGUCACAGAGCUGCUGGCUGGUUAAUCAUUACAUUCCACGGCCAAUGCAAAGACACGCCGGACAGCCGACCAUACACUUUGCUCUAAGGGCAAAUUUAGAUUCAUUUUUGUUGUGAAACUACAAAGAAAAUGUGAGCCAAUCCCACAUCAUGACAUCAUUUUACCGGUGUUUCUUGUGUGCCGUCAGGCCUUCUCACACAGGAACAGCUGACUUUUGGUCUUCCACGUGUUCACCGCUCUGGUUUCAGUGGUCCAGAGUCAGUUUGCUUUUAGUACCUCAAGGGCUUUUAAAGCUAAACAUUUACCCUGGAAGAUACAGAGGAAACACAAGGGUACUCAUGGCCCCAGAAAACUACCCUGGUAUUGCAAACAUGCAAUAAGUGGCCUCUUCCUGAUAAAUGUUAUUUACUGGAGUCAAACAGCCACAAGUCCUUAUGGGGAAAUUGUGUACAAAUGACCGUCAGAACUGGAAUGACAUGUCCUUUUGUUGGAUUUGAUUUGAUGGUACACAGCUGGUGGUCUAGAAAAGUUUGGGGUUAUUUUUUCAAACAUUAAUCAGUAUUUCGCAGUCUUCUGAGCGUCUCUCCACCUGAACUAUGAAGACGUGAAUGUGUGUCCUCCAGGUUCGCUUGAGGCCCCUCAAUCUUCCUGCAUGAGUUUGGAGAUAUAAAUAUCUCUGCAAACAACUUCUUCCUCAGAGCCAAAUCCCUGCUGAGUACCGGAAAACCAUGUGACCCGAGUCACAAAGGGGUCAUCCGGCUCGUUGCUUUCCAAGCUGCUUGUGGCAACAGCGACUGUGUCGGCGGGAUUCUUGAGAACAGGCGUAACACGUCGUUCCCCUUCGGCUGCGGUCCGUAUCAGACGUCGUUGCCUCUUUGCUGGGCCGCAGGCCUCCGGCCCCUCACCGAAGACAACGACAAUGCGCCAAUAUGGCCGCUUCCUGCAAUCCAAUCCAACGUCCGUGUGGCUGCCAGAGUCAGAGGAGUGAGUUCGUCAGUGUUCCUUGAAACGCAACGGAUCGUCAGGGGGAAAUGAAGCUGCUUCUUCUUCACAGUGUGUUCAGAUCCAAUAUUCAGCUCCUUUUCCUUUAGAACAACAUCAGUGAUCAAUCCAAACACAUAUUUAGCAAAAUAUGGGAAUACAUAUACAUAUAUUGCUGUUUUUAUAAGCCUCUAUAGUGGAAAGAGAACAUAUUGAUUGCUAUGAAAGCUGCCUGAGUUGCACUCUGUUGUAAUGGCAGCUUGAAGGCAUGUCCCUUCCUGCCCCGGCUCAAACGUUCACUGCUGUUCUGAGAUGAGCGGGAAACGCAUAAAUAAUUCACUGUGAUCUCCAUGUGGCCCGCCUGCGAUACGGCUUGAAUCCCCCGAGGUUUCGCAGACAGACAGAAAGCGCACCGCUUACCUCGUUCCACGAGGGCCUCAGACAAACUGCAGCAGCAGACUGUGCAAGCUGGAGGCCAGGCGAAAAGUCAUCGCUUCCCGUGCAACACAGAACAGAGACGGAGCCCAGGCGAAAAGGGAGAAAAAGAAAUGAUCAAACGACAAAUUACCUUUCCUCAAAACUGAAGUGGCACUGACUGCAAACGUUUACACGUGAAAUCGCAGAGACUUCAGUUAACUCCCAUCCUGACUCCCAAGUCACUCAGCCGGCUCUGGGAAGAGUCCUGCUGGUUCCCAACUUCUCCCCGUACCCAUCAAGUCUCCCGAUUUGGCCGAGAAACUACCGUAUUUCACCGCGCUCUGGCAUUGGUGUUUUCCCGUUUCCUGCUUUUAAAAAGUUUCAUUGAUAAGCACAGCCAGCACCAAACUGCCUCACACUAUAUUCUCUAUCGUCUUACAUGCAUUUGUCUUUAUGUUUUCUUGUAAAUACUCAUAUGUUCUCCAAAGAUAUGUUCAGAGGCCAAGUAAAAUCACUCAACAGGUCAGCAAAACGUUACAAAUCCCAAGAAAAGCUGCCCGGUUGACUGGGAAUAGAUAUGAUCAGCAGUUUAAACAGAAAAGCUGCCAAAGUGUCCAGAUUUCAGCACAAAUUGCUUCACAGAAAACCCUCAUCAGUCUCUUUCUUUGUAGGCCAGGAGG